AUGUAAGCUCCAAUUGAUGGAAUGGAUGAUGAUCAAAGUCAAAUUGAUCCUGCGCAAUUUUAGAAUCUUUUUGAUCAAAUGCAAAACAAUCAAGAUUUCCUGUAGAAGAUGCAAGGAAUUUUAGCUCUCUAGAAUUACCAGAUUACCACAGAAAGUGAUGAAAACAGUCUAUAUUUACUUCAAAGACCAAGCAGCUUAAAUAGAUUUUCAAAUAUCAAUGAGGAUAAUCAGGUGAAUUUAAUUGCUCAUUCAAAUGGCAGAGCAGAAUCAGCUUAGAAUCAGCAGAACACUGAAUUCUUCGAUUACACUCCUAAUCGAACCUUUACUUCUUAGGUUAGCUAUCAGAUUGACAGUAACAAUAAAAAUCUUUUCCAAGAAUAAUUCCAGAGUAACGAUCAAUCUCAUUUGUAAUAGCAAUUCUAAAUGUAUUAAUAACAUCAGCAGCAGCAAUAACAAUAAUAGUAAUAUUAAUAGAUAAAACAACCUCCUCAAGCAUUAGAACAGAUUGAUAUGAACAUGAUCACACCAGAGUAUCUAUAAAUGUUUAAUUAAUUCUAUCAAAUGUUCUCAUAAUUACAAGCAUCAUAGUAAAUGGAUCUAAGUAGUGAUCCAAGUCUUCUUCAAACAAUGAUGGUUUCAUUUUUUACACAAAUGAUGUAAAAUCAAUAAAAUCUUGGAUAGCAGAAUUAUUAUGGAUACCCAGAGGGUCCAUCAUCUCCAAGAUAAAGAGAUUACAAUAAUUUACCUCUAGCAGCUAUUCCUGAAAGUAAAGAAAGUAUAUUAGAAGAGAAUAGCGGUUGGGGGACGGUAAAAACCAAUAAAUUUGGUGCUAUUAUGAGUGCAAAUUCAGGUUUUUAAAAGGAAAAUGGCUGCAGUUGCUGUGUUCAGUGCUUAGACUACAAAAAGAAAGGCAUUUUAAACUAAUGUAGCAAUUUUAAUCUUGGAAACUAGAUGUUUUUUCACAACUCUUAAUUGAAUCAAGAAACAUUCAUUUAAAAAUCAGAUGUAUCUUCUAAUGCCACAAGUCAGAUUCUUAAUAAUCCCUUUGGAUUAGGUUCAGUAUCGCCAUCUCCAAAUCAUAACAUGCCAUAUGAUUUAUAAUCUUAGUACAAUUCAGCAUCUAAUUAAGUAAGCCAAAAUUUGAAUCAAAUGUUUCAGAUAUAAUUCUAGGGAACUUUUAGUAAUCAAGAAGUUCCUAACAACAAUAAUAAUAGUGUUUAUCAAUCGAGAUAAGAUAGUUACUAGUCAAACUAGGAUGAUUUAGUUCAGAACAUCGAACAGUAAUUCCAUUAAUAACACUAAAUCCACUCACCUAAGCAAAUGUCAGGAGAGUAUUAAAUGGUUCAUGAUCCCUAUUAUAUUUCCAAUAUUAGACAAGAUGCAAGCCAACCAGAAAUAUUAAGCCCCAAAUAGAUUUAACAGAAUAAAUUGAUUGAGUAUAUGAUUGAUAAUAAUGACUUUAGCAAUUAUAAGUAAAGAAGGCAAGUUAUUAAGGGAGAGAGAAUGAGUAGAACAUUAUCAAGGAGUGGAUCUAAAAAUUCUGUCAUGUAUUGGCAGCAUAAUCAUAAGCCUUCAAUACAAAAUAGCAACUAUUAAUUCAAUUAAUCCCAAAUCCAGUUAAAUCUACAGCCUAAUUAGUAUCAUAAUGAUGAGCACUAAUAAUAGUAAUACUUUAGUGAUGCCAAAUUAUAAAACAAGAAUUUGUAAAACGAUGACUACAACUAGUAACACUAAUAUCAAUAGGUAGACUAUAACAGAGAUACUCUUUAGUACUUCUCACCAUAGAUAACUAAUAAACAAUAAAUAUUUGGAUAUAAGAAUAGAUUUGAAGAUUUAGGCAGUGAUAAUUAAGAAGUGACCUCUCCAGAUACUCAAAGAGAGAGUGAUAGAAAUCAAAGUAAAGGACAGAAUAUUAAAAGAAAGAGAACUUAAGAAAAAAUAAAAGAAAUAAGAAAACUCAAUGAGCUGUAAAGAGGCAAAGACUUGCUUAAAAAGUCGUAGACAAGGAAAAAUAUUCACAAGUAACCUUCCUCAAAAACAAUAUUCGAGAUAAAGGAUUUAAAGAAAUCUAAAUCUAAAAAUGCUAAUCAUCUUAGAAAGCAGUCACUUAAUGUUGCUUCAAAUAAGGAGAACAAUAAACUUACAUAGAGCAACUACCAGAAUUAAUAUGAGAUGUCACAAUAGCAGAUAAUGCUAAGUCAAAACUAAGAUCUACUAUUAACCUCUACUGAUGAGAAUCCAUACUAACAUAACAAGAAGGAGUCAAAUACCUUUAAAUCUCUGAAUAGUGUUGUAAAUAGUAGGAUCAAUCAUAGUAAAUAAACCUUAAGAUUGGAAAGCGGUGAAAAUCUUUCCCCUUAGAUUACAAAUCUUAAGCUUUUAACAAGCUCUGGACCAGGACAAAAUCAAGUAGUAACUUCAUUUGAUAAUAAUAACCAUAUGUAUCUAAAGAAAAAAUCAGCAGGCUUAGACUUAAAUAACAUUCUGCUCUAAGAGGAAAAUAAAAAGCCAGGCUAAGAAAUUCAUAUAAUAAAAAAACCUGUGUAAACUGAAGAAUUAAAGAAGAUAUAAGAGAGACUAAAUAAAUAUUAUCAAGAUAAAAGAAGAGAAGAAAAUGAGUAGAAGAUGUUUAUUUAAUAGUAGAAUAACCAAAAGAAUACAAAUUCAAACUAAUGUAAUGAUAUGGAAGCCAUGUCAAUGACUAAAACAUUAUCUUCUUUCAAAAGCUUGAUGAUGAAGACUAUGUCAUAGAUGAGUAUUCAAUAAGACAAUAACAUCCAGCAACAAUAUAUUUAAGGGAAGGAUCAAAGAUCUAAACAAUUGCAAUAAUAUAAGACUAACAGCAAUAACAACAACAACAAUAAUAACUGUAAUCAAAGUGUUAAUGUUUCAAGCAUCCAAGAUGAUUACUCAGUUGGUGGAGACUAUUCAGAAAACCUCACGAAGAUAAUUAGUCCUAAAAAUCUGUAUAAUGGACAGCUUGGAAACAUUAAAUAGAGAAAUGGAUAAAGCAAUGAUUAACCUAACUUUGAAUAUGUGAUAAGUGAGAAAUAGAUAGAAAAUGAAACAAAUCAUAAUCACUAAAAAUCAUAAUGCUUGCCUAAUUCUCUAUUCUUUAAGAAGAGUAAUGGAAAUCAACAGCUAUCAGGUGAGGAUACUUUAUCUUUAAAGUAUAAUAGCAGACAACCCUCUCUUUGCUAUUGUGGUAAAUCAAGUUGUAUCUGUGAUUAAAAUUCAAAGAAAGACCUUCUUAGUCAUUUUUAGAAUUUCUUGUAAGAAAUGGACAAACAUCCUCCAUUUAACAAUCAAGGUUUGCCUAUCAAUAGAGAAAGCCUUUAUCAGUCACCGAUAGCUAAUCUAGGACAUAGCAAUUCUACUCAUGACUUUUUUAUGUCCAACUUAUAAUUCUUAGGUAUUGGUAGGUCUUCCUCUUAAAACUCGAUAUUAUCAAGACCAAAAGGUGUUCAUAGUAACAGAUAGAGUUCAAUCACUGCAAAAUGUAAUCAAAUAAUCAAUCAACCAAAGAUCAAAAGAUUUUCCUCAGGAGCCCUAAUAAAUUUGCCAUUAAAAAAGCUUAAUCACAAUAAUCAACAUUGCUAAAGUACUCAGCUACUUCAAAACACAAAGAAAAUAAGCCUUGGAAAUGAGUAAGAAGAUAUUGGUUUAAAGAAAUUGAAAGAUCAAAAGAAAGAAUUAGAUAACUCACCUUUAAAGAGUAUGCCCUCUGCAGAUCAACUUGAGAAGCUAGAUACCAACAAAGAGGAGGAGAUUAGAUUACUCACAAUAGAAAAUGAUAUCAUGCAUAAAGCAUUUAUUCAAAAAUCUCAUAGAUUGAAUCUUCAAGACAGUCAGCGAAAUGAAUUGCUUCAAAGAAUUCAAAAGUAUAAGCAAGAAUAGCAGUCUGCAACAACAAGACAUAAUCUUGGUAAAUCUCUCUAAGAAGAGAAUUACUAUUCAAAUGGUGCUGUCGGUUCGACAUAGAACACCAGUCAAGCCACAGGUCUUGGAAAUAGUCAUAAUAAUAGCGGUGGUAACUCAAUAACUGAAAAGCAUGUAAGAGGCCAGAGUGAUGGAGCUACGAGUCUCGAGGAGAGAAGAAAGAUUGAGAAGUAUAGAAAGAAAGCUGAAAAGAUAUUGCAAGCUCAAUCUGAGAGAGAGAAUUAGAUUCAGCAAGAUGCGGAGAAGUUAUAAUUCUAUUGA